AUGGGGAGCGGAUUUCAAGGAUAUGAGGGAGCCAACAGCUCCAUCCACCACGAGUUGUUGAGGAAAAGUUCUGAUGAAGCUGCCUUUAUAUCAUCGGAUGCGUCAUUUGGUUUGAGGGUAUCCAUCACCUUUGUCUACUCCGUGGUCUGCCUGAUGGGACUGUUGGGGAACGGGCUCGUAAUGUACUUGAUCGGGGCCCAGAAAGGCAGAUCCACUCCCAUCAUUAAUAUUUUCAUCUUUAGCUUAGCGGUGGCGGACUUCCAGUUCUCGUUGAUGCUUCCCUUCUGGGCUACAGAGACAGCCCUGGAUUUCAUUUGGCCCUUCGGCGAAGUGAUGUGCAAAGUGGUCCCUUCCCUCACCAUCAUCAGCAUCUACGCCAACGUCUCAUUGCUCACUGCCAUGAGCGUGACGCGCUACUGGACUUUGGCGUCCGCCCUGAAGGCUGGUUCUACGAUGACUCCUAACCAGGCCAAAUGGAUUACCGUGGGUCUCUGGGCCUUGGCGUUAGGAGCCACUGUGCCCACCGUCAUGUUCACGGCUGUGGACGAUAUUGCUGGAGUUCAAGUAUGCCUUUUCAGGUUCCCCACCGAAUAUGGCUUGGGUAUCUACCGUCUCCACCGGGUGGUGUUCACCUUUGUGAUACCACUGGGAAUCAUCUCCGCCUCCUACCUUCUUCUCCUCAGACUCCUCAAGACCUGCCAAGUCAACAGCAGCUAUUCCAAACGGCAGAAGCAAGUCACCACCACCAUCCGGCUGGUGGUGAGCUCUUUCUUUAUCUGUUGGUUUCCUAAUCACGUGGUCACUGUCUGGGGGGUUCUGGUCAAAUUCCAUUUGCUGCCCUACGACAAAGCAUUUUACUUUCUCCACAACUACAUCUUUCCGCUCACGACAUGCUUGGCCCAUGCUAGCAGCUGCCUCAACCCAGUCCUUUACUGCCUGAUGCGGAAUGAGUUCCGGAAAGCUAUGCAGGAAAUCUUUUCGAAGAUCUCCAAAGCAGUGUCUUUUUACUGGAAUUCCUCCACUCAUAAAAUUGGGGAGGAGGUUGUGUCGGCAGUUAUGCCUUUAAGCCCAUCUGAAAAUCCCUCCAAAAAGCCAAAAAGGGACAAGGAGAACCAUACUUUCUCCUCCUUUGAGCCGAGAACCAAGGAAACAAGACUGACCACCAAGGUACAGCUGAUACCUGGACCAGACCCUGAAACUGAGGAAGCUUCGCGUGAUGCCACCAUGACCAAGGUUUUUGGAUCCUGA